AGGAUUGGCCUGUGGCCAGCAGGCGGGGCCUGCGCGCGCUGCGGCUGCAGGCUGCGAUUGGCCUGAGUUCUGGGCCCGCUGUCGGCUUGCGGGCGAGCUUCGGGGCGCGAGGACCUAGUGGGGUGGUGGGUUCGCGAGCCGGGGGGAGAGGCUGGGGCGGUGGCGGCGGCGGUGGCGGCGGAGGAGGAGGUGGUGGCGGCGGGGGCCGGUACUGGACCCGGCGGGAUGAGCGAGGUGGAGGCUGCAGCGGUGGCGUCAGCGGCCCCCGCGGCCACGGUGCCCACGACGGCCGCAGGGGUGGUAGCGGUGGUGGUACCAGUGCCGGCGGGGGAGCCACAGAAAGCAGGCAGCGGGGCGGGCGGCUUCGGGGUCGGAGCUGCCUCGGGCCCAGCUGCUGGGACCCCAUCAGCGCCGGGCCCCCACACCCCUGGCAACCCGGCGACGGCGGCCUCGGGAACCCCCGCGCCCUCAGCCCGGAGUCAGGCGGACAAGCCGGUGCUGGCAAUCCAGGUCCUGGGCACUGUCAAAUGGUUCAACGUCCGGAAUGGUUACGGAUUCAUCAACAGGAAUGACACCAAGGAGGAUGUCUUUGUUCACCAGACAGCUAUUAAAAGAAACAACCCCAGGAAGUUUCUGCGCAGCGUUGGAGAUGGGGAGACUGUGGAGUUUGAUGUCGUGGAAGGAGAGAAGGGUGCAGAAGCUGCUAAUGUGACUGGGCCUGGGGGCGUGCCAGUGAAGGGCAGCCGCUAUGCCCCCAAUCGACGUAGGUUCCGCAGAUUCAUCCCCCGACCUCGCCCAGCUGCUCCACCGCCCAUGGUGGCGGAGGCUCCAUCAGGUGGGACAGAACCAGGCAUCGAAGGGGAACGAGCUGAAGACCCUGGGCAAAGGCCCAGACGACGGCGCCCACCACCCUUCUUCUACCGACGUCGCUUUGUGCGAGGCCCAAGGCCCCCCAACCAGCAGCAGCCUAUAGAGGGCACUGAUGGGGUAGAACCUAAAGAGACAGACCCAUUGGAGGGGGACCAACAGCAGGGAGAUGAGCGGGUCCCUCCACCCAGAUUCCGGCCCAGAUACCGAAGGCCUUUCCGCCCCAGGCCACCCCAGCAGCCUACCACAGAAGGUGGGGAUGGCAAGACCAAGCCCAGCCAAGGUUCCUCUGAUGGUUCCCGGCCUGAGCCCCAGCGCCCACGAAACCGCCCCUACUUCCAGCGGCGACGGCAGCAGCCCCCUGGACCCAGGCAGCCCACAGCCCAGGAGACCUCAGCCGCCAUCAACAGUGGGGACCCCCCCACCACCAUGCUGGAGUGAUUCCAACUCAAGGACACCCAGAACUACCAUCUGGUAUCUGCCAGUUUUUCCAACUGACCUGCACCCUACCCAGCACCCCUCUGCCCCCUUUCCCAUAAUUCAUGACAUCAAAACACCAGCUUUUCCCCGUUUUCCAUGAGACUCAGGAGGGCCAAAGCAACAGCAUUUUUUUUUCCUCUCUCCCCUACCAAGGGUUGAAGGAAGGGAUCCAUGCUUUUUGUUCAGAGGCAUCAACUCCCUCCCCUAAAUCAGGCUGAGAAGAAACCAGCCAGCUCUUACCUCCUCCUGGUUGUUUUUCUUUCCCACCCCAGUUUAUUUUUUGUUUCCCCUCUACUCGCUCCUUCUGAAGCCAUUUUAUGAACUGUCAUGUGCCACCUGAGCCUCCAGUAAAACCAAAA